UCAUCCCUAAGAAAAACACAAAACAAAACCUGCACCACAAUUGGUUGAAUAUUGCUAAACCUCGUCACAUACACUGCCUUUUAAACGUUUAUAAUGUCCUAUUUGACGAACUUCAACAGUGAGACUGCCAAGCAAAUUCUUAUGGACAUUAUACGCUGUGUCAAUCAGCCGGAAAACUCCAAGAAACUCUCAGAGGCGAAGGCUUCCGCUGGAAAGGAAAUGAUUCUCAUGAUGCAGCACGUAUUUCCGUUGGUGAUGCAACUCCAACUGGAGGUCAUUAAGGGUCAUGGUUUUCCAGGAAAUCGCGAGGGAUUGGUCCAGUUCUCUCAGCUCAUCAGGGAAAUGGAAAGGGACGACAUGGAAAUCGUACGCCUGCGCAGUCAGAUCCGCGCCAUAUACCUGCCUCCCAUAGCUAUAAAUACCACCAACGACAUCCUAAUCUAAGCGGGUGGUAAAUCCCUUAAACAAGACUGUAAUUCUCCCCCCGGUUUGGGGAUAUUUUUAUUAAAUUUUAAGCGACUUGCUAUAUUUGUAGCCCUUCUGCAUUAAGAAACUAGUUAGUUUUCUGAAGUAAAAAGUUCUUUUAAAUUUCGGUACCAUUUAUAUUAAAUAUUCUAUAUUAAUUUUCAACUAUAUUUUUUAACGAACAAUUGCUCCGGAAGAGGAAUCAGAGAAUCUUGAAACACUUCCGAAAUAUAGAAAGCUGAAACAGGCCACCCAAAUAGACGUAAGCUUGAUGUUCUUAUAAAAUGCAUUUCUUUUGAUAAA